AAUUAUGUCUUGAAUGCAAACUUCCUCGACUUUUGCAGCCAGCAGGAAAAAAAAAAGCCCCUGCUAAUGAGCCCCGUCACUGCAAAACUUCAAAGCGCGUCUUUCUCCUGCAGCAAAUAACGUCGAAAAAAGGGAGCAGAGUCAGCCUGGAGCGCCCGGAAGGCUUUCGCGGCAACAUCAAGCAGCCUCCGGAGCAUCGACGGGCCCCGACAAAGGAGUUGACCAAUAGAGAGCGAGCUCGAUCGCCAGGGACUGUUCCAAUUGGCGCAAAGGGCCGCCGCUCAAGCAAGUUCAGUGCACUUUGGAAUCAAAGUUGGGGACUUUAGCCGAGUCCCUCGGCGAAGGCGCAACGUGGCGGAAAUGGCUGGCAAGAGUCAGGAGCAAACCAUUCAAGAAGAAUUGACCUGUUCUAUAUGCUAUGAGCUCUUCAGGAACCCUGUCAUGCUGGAAUGCAUGCACCAUUUUUGUAAAGAGUGUAUCGAGAAAUAUUGGAAUGGAUGCCCCAGAAUUGCCACUUGCCCCCAGUGUCGGCAAAAGUGUCCUUCCCGAUCCUUUCAUCCUAAUUUCAUUGUAUCUAAUAUAGCGGAGAAAGUUCGAAGAUCUGCCUCCGAGGAGCACAGAAGAAAAACCAAGAUGGAGCUCCAAAAGGUCCUUCAGGUCUACCAGAGGAAACGCGAGAAACUGCUGGAGAUGAAGCGAAGGAAUGAGGAAAAUAAGGAGUGCUUGGUGAAAACAUCUCGGAAACUGAAGUCAGAGAUCCAAGCAGCAUUUCAACAUCUUCAUCAGAUCCUACGAGAGGAGGAAGGAAGGAUUCUGAUGGAAAUGGCUACAGAAGAAGAGCAGUAUAUGUUCAGACUGGAAAAUGCUUCUCUACAAUUAAUAGAAGAGAUUUCUGAGUUGAAGAAGAGCAUGGACCAAAUGCAGCGCAGACUUGACAACUCUGAGAUCUCAUCAGGGCUGCAG